GAUCUCAACUCGGUGGACUUGGAGCAACCGGUAGCGCUAGCACUAAGCCCAGUUCUAUCCCUGCCGGUCACUGAGCGCGUUAACGCGAGGUCUCCGCCUCCAGUCGAAGUCCCUCGCGCGAACCCCUCGUUCCCUUCCCCUAGCUAGCUUCCGAGAUCGAACGUCGUGAUCUCUCCGGCCGAUCCAUGGCAAACCAGCUUCUGUCCACCGUCGAGCGUCGUGAGACCCUCCCGGAGAGUUAUAUCCGGCCCGAGUCCGACAGGCCGCGGCUCGCCGAAGUGAAGAACGACAGCAACAUCCCGCUUAUCGACCUCGCCUCGCCGGACAAGCAGCGCGUCAUCGCCGAGAUUGGUCUGGCUUGCUGCACCUACGGCUUCUUCCAGGUUAUAAACCACGGGAUAGCAGAGGAUCUACUGAAUAAGGUGAUGGCCGUCGGGCUGCAGUUCUUCCGUCUCCCCCCGGAGGAGAAGGCGAAGCUGUACUCCGAUGAGCCAUCCAAGAAGAUAAGGCUCUCCACAAGCUUCAACGUCCGCAAGGAGACGGUGCACAACUGGCGGGACUAUCUACGCCUUCACUGCCACCCGUUGGAAGAGUUCUUGCCCGAGUGGCCGUCCAAUCCUGAACCGUUCAAGGAGGUAAUCAGCACGUACUGCCGCGAGGUCCGGCGGCUAGGGCUCCGGCUCCUCGGCGCCAUCUCCCUCAGCCUCGGCCUCGAGGAGGACCACAUCGAGAAGGUGUUGGGCGAGCAGGAGCAGCACAUGGCCGUGAACUACUACCCGCCUUGCCCGGAGCCCGACCUCACGUACGGCCUGCCGAAGCACACGGACCCCAACGCCCUCACCAUCCUCCUCCAGGACCCCAACGUCGCCGGCCUCCAGGUCCUCAAGGACGACGACCAGUGGAUUGCCGUCAACCCCCAGCCAAACGCUCUCGUCAUCAACCUAGGUGACCAAUUACAGGCACUGAGUAACGGUGUGUACAAGAGCGUGUGGCACCGCGCGGUGGUAAACGCGGCGCAUGAGCGCAUGUCGGUGGCAUCUUUCCUGUGCCCGUGCAACAGCGCGGUGAUCAGCCCCGCGGCGCGGCUCGUCUGCGGCGGGGACGCGCCCGUGUACCGGAGCUACACCUACGACGAGUACUACAGGAAGUUCUGGAGCAGGAACCUGGACCAGGAGCACUGCCUGGAGCUCUUCAGAAGCUCCCAGCCGCAGUAGUUAUUUUGCACGCUAGAGACUUGCUUGAGCUUUCGCUUAACUUACUGUUUCCUGAAUAUCUACAACGGUGCGGCCAGCCGGCAGCAUUUCGUCAGGAAUGCCCCGAUUGUACUGUUACUUUGUUGAGUAAGUUUGUCCUAGUAAUCUUUUCUUGUACUUCCAGGAAAACUAUGCCUUUUCUUGUGCGUGGCAACUCUAUGUGCACCGCAUUAUGCCAAUGCGUAUGGCGCCGCAAUGCAUGUCAUGCAAAAAGGCAAAGCCUAUAAUCAGUUAGGCUUUGAGCCUACUGCCGAGACUAUAUACUGGUACAUCUUUGUGGAGUAUUAUUGUGGUCAUCAAUGGACUA